AUGCUGCAUUCUGUUGAACAAACUGGUGAAGGUGAAUUGUCUGCAUCGAAUCAGCAAAUUGUUGCAAUCAUUGGUGAUGGCGACCUGUCUCUCACUGAACGCUUGGUGAAAGCAGUGGGAAAUGACAGCACCUCAUCAGUUCUUCACCUGGACACUAAAUACUACCAAGCUAAUGUCGGAAUAAGACAAUUCCGCACCGGUCACGAUCUAUUGAAGUUCUGCAAGCAGCAAGCCGAUGUCGCGAUUGGAGCUCUUGUCUUGAAGUUGAAUACAAAGCACGAAUUGGAACUCAUGGAAGACGUUUUGAAGAAAGUCAGCUGUGACUCUCAUGUACUGGUGGCAGAUCACAGCUCGCUGGAUAGUUUGAACUUUGCUCAAUCGUGGGCUCACAACUUCAGAUUCGAGCUGAUUAUACUCAAUCCAGAUAUGAGCCAAAUCGAAGAAGCAAACUCCCUCAAUGAGCAGUGCGGCAUAAUGAGGUUGAAAGAGGUUCUUGAAAGUGUGGCAUGGGAGCUUAAGAAAGACAAUUUCAAAAAGGUUUGUGUGUUUUAUGCUACAAAGCGCCAUCGUCUAAUAACACGGUUUUGCUUGACUUCGUUUUUUUUUCUGAAACUGGCUUGAAA